AUGCUGCCCAUCGAGCUCCCCCCUGAUUAUGUUCUGAGUUCUAACCGAAUGGGCAGCAACCGCGAUGAGGCAUUAGUCGAGACUCCUUCCGUUCAAUCGUCACGCUUUGUCAAAUUUACUCCCUACGGCACCAUGAGGACCACUAAGUCUCAUGGAUCUGCGUGUUUCAGUAAACAAGUGGAGGCCGAUAUCGACAACGAAAGUGACUUCGACGACUUUACUUUGGCAUCGAGCAACACAGCGCACGUGAUGACACCUCAGUCCUUGUUAGCUCUUCAGGAAGAACCACAAAUCGGUAGGGAUGGUUGCUCAAACACAGUUGUAGAUCCCAUGGGGGAUGUGGUGAGCUUCGUUUCCUUUCGUCGCCCCAAUUAUAGGUGUUGUCGUCUCUGCCAUAGCAAUUUACCCUCCGCCGCAAAUUUCUGUCCUCAGUGCGGCUCAAUGGUGGAGGCGCAAAGUGAGCGAUUAUGCGUCUCUAAUGUUGAGGCCGAUAGUUCUCUUUCUAGUGCGCUUGUCUCUCCUAGUCUUGGUCGGGAUCCAUGUGCCAGCUUUAGCACAACGCCCCUAACCCCUUUUUGCGAUGCUGAUUCCCUUUCAGAUCGCAGUGCACACCACCGACCAGUGUAUCGCCGCCAGGUGCUUGUUCUUUGCCGUCACGAGGAAGGGAUGUUAGGUUGCGGGGCCAAUGGAGUUGUAUACAAGGCGAUCGACCUUGUUAGUGGGCAACAGCUUGCGGUGAAGGAAAUGCACAUUAACCUACAGAAUAAGUCGGAGUUAGUUUCCAUCCGAAAUGAACUGCGCCAUCUGUCCCACCUUCGUCACCCGAAAGUCAUUGAGUACUAUGGGUGCUCAAUCAGGCAUACAACACCGACGCCAAGCACGUCGACGGCAAAGCAACCCAUAGAUAUGGCGGUAAUACCAGAGAAUAAUAGUGAGACCAUUAGAGUGUAUAUCCUGAUGGAGCGGAUGGAAUGUGGAACGCUGCAAGGACUACUAAAGGGUUUACCGGACGGCUUUCCGGAGUGCACUGUUCGCGUGUAUGUCUCCCAACUGCUUGAAGCCAUCCACUAUGUGCAUCAGUGCGGCAUAUCGCACUGCGACAUCAAGCCUUCCAACUUGCUGCUGGCCUCGGAUGGCACGAUAAAGCUGGCUGACUUUGGCUGCGCUAAGAUGAAGGCAGCACAUCAUCCGAACGGACAGUCGUCUGAGCGCGAGCUGGCGGGCACCCCUGUGUACAUGCCACCCGAGACGCUUCUUAACCUGAGAAUGAAGGACGCGGACUGGGUGUUCCUCGGGCAAGCGCAGGACAUCUGGGCCCUCGGGUGCGUCGUCCAUCAGCUCCUUACAGGGAAAACGCCGUGGGUGUUCACAAAAAUAUCCAGUCCUUGGGCCCUUCUUUCAUAUAUUCAAGCGCAUCCACAAUUCCCUCUUAGCGAUGAGCUCUCAUCAUCUGCACUAGACUUUUGUCGUCUCUGUUUUGAACCUGAUCCACGCACUCGAGUCGAAAACAUGGGGAAAAUUCUUGAGAGUUCUUUUAUUUCCGAUACAGCUAGCCACUCUCCGUGGUGA